CUAUAAGCUUAUCUCCUAUUCUGCCCAGAAAAAAUAACUUAUCCAGUGAGCAGAUGAAGUCACUGCCAUUUUCAGCAGGAGCUUACAUCCCCAAGAUCCCCAACCCCAAAACCCCAAUCAAAAACGCUCUAAACCCAGUAAUUAGAUGCUCAAAAACCAACCCAAAAUUGGGUUCCAUACACUUUGUCGAGCAACAAAAUGAGAAUUCGAACAAGGUGUUGUUGAAGAGAAGAGAAGGAAUCGGUCUCGGUUUAUGCAUUGGGAUUGCUGAUGUUUUGUUGCAGUUGCUGCCACAACCCGGUCCUAGUGUUGCGGCCAUUGAAGCAGCUUGUGAAUUGACUGUUAGCCCUUCGGGCUUGGCCUUCUGUGAUAAAGUCGUGGGGAAAGGCCCUGAGGCUGUCAAAGGGCAGCUCAUAAAGGCACAUUAUGUAGGGAGAUUGGAGAAUGGGAAAGUGUUUGAUAGCAGCUAUAACCGUGGGAAGCCUCUUACAUUCCGAGUCGGUGUCGGAGAGGUGAUCAAAGGCUGGGACCAGGGUAUUUUAGGUGGUGAUGGAGUUCCUCCCAUGCUUGCUGGGGGGAAACGAUCGUUACGGCUUCCUCCAGAGCUCGGAUAUGGUAUGAGAGGUGCCGGUUGCAAAGGAGGUUCAUGUAUUAUACCCCCAGAUUCAGUUCUCCUAUUUGAUGUGGAAUUCAUUGGCAAAGCAUGAAAAAAAGCAUGGAAGCAUCUUCUUUGUGAAGAAUGGGGAUUUUUACAGGAAACUACACUUGAUUCACUUUGUUUUAAGUUUUUUAUUUUCGAAAGAGAUCAAUCGAAUAUAUUGUUAUACCAUGAAAAAACUCCUAUCCCUAUUACCCAAUAGUAUCAUAUAUAUUGUCU